AUGUGGCGAAAAUGGCCACGCCGGCCGCGUGUCCGGACCGGAAGCCUGAACCUGCCCUCACCGCCGUUCGAGGAUGACGUGGAAUCGGCCAGCAAGAUUCGCGGUCUGUCGUUACGUCAGUGUGAAGAGGGAGAAAAAGCAGAGAGCUCGGCAUACGACACUAUAAUUGACGGCGUGCGCGUACCCCAUGGAUCUUGUAAAUACAUGAAUAGUAUAUGGACGCGACAUCGGAUUGCUUUUAAGAGACUCUUACUUAUUCCCACCAUUUUAUUCCAGCCUGAAGAAAACGAGGAUAUCGACAUCAAGCAGUCCUUCGUCAUUAUCGACGCCUGCCGGUCGAUAAUCGCGCUCCUUCUGGGCGCCCUGAUGACAAUUGGCGUCUAUAAAAAAUACCCAACUCCGCUUCUCUGCUAUUCGUCAUAUUUGAUAUUCUUCUGCCUAGUCUUCCUAAUCGACACCGUCACCGGAUUCUCCAACAAAGGCUUCUGGCUCGCCCUCGGCAGCAUGCUGAUCUAUUUCAGCUAUGGUGGCGUGAUGCUCUAUGAAUCCCGUGUUCCGUACGAAUUGGUGGACAUUGGGGCCAACUUGGGCCAUCCCUCCUACAAGAAUGAUCUCGAGGAGGUGAUCAAGCGAGCGAAGGAAGCGGGCAUCAAAAAAUUGAUGCUCACCGGCACCUCCGAAGAAAUCAGCCAAUCAGUGUGCAAGCUGGCCGAACGGGAGCCCGGGUUUUUAUAUUUUACGGCCGGCGUCCACCCCCACGACGCCAAAGAUUUCAAAGAAGGCACUCUGGAUACAUUGAAAACGCUGGACAAGUUGACCGAGCCGGCGCUGCAAUUGCAUAAGUUCUCAUCCUUCGACCGAAAUGAGCCCAGCACGCUGGCGGCAAUUUGCGAAUUGAUAGCCGGGUUUAUGGACGUGGAUCCGGUGGAGGUGGCCCGCGUAACAACAGAGAACGCCAAACGAAUUUAUGGACUUGAA